GGAACAUCCUGAUCUGAUAAUAGCUUGCAGUUGUCUGUCGUCUAAACAUCGCGCAAGGCAGAUGUCGGCAGCUGCAAAUGCUGUACUUUAGUUAUCACCCAUCUGAUUCAACUUCCCGGACCGCCGAAGCCGCGACCGACCUCAACCUCGACCGCUUCUCUUCUACCGUGCAUCUCCAGGAGCCCAGUGAUGGGCAGCAAGCGGCGGCAACCUUUUAUCCUUGCGCAGGAGGCUCUGAAUGCAUCAAUCGAACCACCCAUCCCAUUCAUCACAGCGCGCCGAUUCUGGAUCCUCGUCUACCUCUACCUCGGGCUCACAGCCGCCUCGGCCCUCAUUGCGCGCCUCGCAUGCCGUCCGAUCCUGGCAAAGAUCCUAGCUGCGCGUCGUGCACAGACGGCACAUGCAAGUGGUCUCGUGGCUGGCUUUGUGGAGCGUGCAGGAGAGGCUGUCAACAUCAAUCGACAGGAAGCAGGCGGUGUUGUGGUGGAUACGAAACGACACAAAUUGCUCGUACACAGCUAUACUCAGACUGGCGAGGAUGUAUCAGGGACUAGUGCGAAAGAGGUGUCUGUUGACGAUGCCAAGAAGAGCGCGACGGUGGGACCGGAUGUCACAUUGGCGCAAAUCAAGACGUCGAUAUCGACCAUGAGCAGCGAUGGCGAGGCAGAUGCAUACAGCGGACUCUUACAACGCAGUGCAGCCUUCAAAGAGUAUCUCGACAGCUUGAAUCAAAUGGCGUACCAGCGGAGUUAUGCGGCUCCUGGAGCGCAUGGCAGUACAGACAAGGGCAUACAGAAGUGCAAAGCAGAGAUCAGAAGCGUCAAGGGAUCUGUAUUGAAUGCAAGGAACUUCCCAAGUCGAAUGAUAUCGCAGCAGCAGCAGCAGCAAUAUCACAAACAGCCAAGUCUGGCCGACUUCAAGACAGAGUCUGCUGUUGCUCCUUCAUAAGUCGUGUCUACAUCUAGAUUGCAUCCAGUCCUCCAAUCUUCAAACAUAGUCGUUGGUUAUCCACAGAAGCUUGCUCCAGUUU